UUUUGAUUGCUUUCUUUGGAAAUUAUUGAGAAAUAAUACAAACACGACAUUCACCUUGGGAAGCAUUAAUCGUCGUUUUCAAUUGUCGGCUGUCUCUCUAUUUUGAACAAUUUCAAUUUCUAUCGCCACUUUUAGUUUACUGUUUUUUAUUUACAUUCAGAUGGCUGCGGAAAUGACAAGCAAGAUGUUCGUCGUCAAGCGAGAUGGACGCAGGGAGAAGGUUAUGUUUGAUAAAAUUACAUCUAGGAUUAGCAAACUCUGCUAUGGGCUAAACGAAGAGUACGUUGACCCGGUUGAUAUUACCAUGAAAGUUGUAUCUGGUGUGUAUUCGGGAGUGACCACAGCUGAAUUGGAUACAUUAGCAGCUGAAACUGCAGCAGCAAUGACAACUAAGCAUCCUGAUUAUGGAACGUUAGCAGCAAGGAUUGCUGUCUCAAAUCUCCACAAGGACACCACCAAGACAUUCAGUGUUGUGAUGGGAAAAUUGUAUAAACAUGUGAACCCGAGGAAUAAAAAACCAUCUCCUUUAAUAUCCAAGCAAAUCUAUGACAUCAUUAUGAAACAUGAAGAUGCCCUGAAUUCUGCCAUUAUCUAUGAUCGAGAUUUCAACUACACCUACUUCGGAUUCAAGAGCUCAUAUCUGCUGAAAUUAAAUGGGAAAAUUGCAGAGAGACCUCAGCAUAUGUUGAUGAGGGUAUCUGUGGGUAUACAUGGUGAUAACAUAGAACAUGUCCUUCAAACCUACAACAUGAUGUCAAAAAGACUAUUUACUCAUGCAUCACCUACCUUGUUCAACUCUGGAACAAACAGACCUCAAUUAUCCAGCUGUUUUUUGGUGGCCAUGAAAGAUGAUAGCAUUGAAGGGAUUUUUGAGACUCUAACGCAAUGUGCGCUGAUUUCUAAAUGUGCUGGUGGAAUUGGUAUUCAUGUUAGUAACAUUAGAGCAACUGGAAGUUAUAUUGCGGGGACAAACGGUGUGUCCAAUGGUCUCAUUCCAAUGUUGCGUGUAUUCAAUGCUACGGCAAGAUACGUUGAUCAAGGGGGAAACAAGCGUCCCGGUGCGUUUGCCAUCUACCUCGAACCCUGGCACGAUGAUAUUUUUGAAUUUCUUGACCUCAAGAAAAACACAGGAAAGGAAGAACAGCGUGCGCGAGAUUUGUUUUAUGCCAUGUGGAUUCCUGAUCUCUUCAUGGUUCGAGUUGAAAGAGAUGAAGAUUGGAGUCUAAUGUGCCCGGAUGAAUGUCCUGGUUUGCAAGACGUUUAUGGCGAGGAAUUCGUAAAAUUGUACACGACGUACGAAGCCGAGGGCCGUUAUAGGAGAAAGGUGAAAGCACAAAAACUUUGGUUUGCCAUGCUUGACGCUCAAAUUGAAACUGGAACUCCGUAUAUGCUCUACAAGGAUGCUUGCAAUAUAAAAAGCAAUCAAAAGAACCUUGGUACAAUCAAAUGCAGUAACUUGUGCACAGAGAUUGUAGAAUAUACAAGUCCCGAUGAGGUGGCAGUAUGCAACUUGGCUUCAAUUUCACUUAAAGAGUUCGUAAAAACCGAGAAAAACCCUCCGCAAUAUGACUUUCAAAAACUCUUUGAAGUUACGAAGGUUGUAACCAGAAAUUUGAAUAAAAUAAUUGAUAUCAAUUAUUAUCCAGUUCUUGAGGCGCGUAAUUCAAACACGAGACACAGACCUAUUGGUAUCGGAGCACAGGGAUUAGCAGACGCCUUUAUUUUCAUGAGAUAUCCAUUUGAAAGCGAAGAAGCCCGUCAACUCAACAUUGAAAUCUUCGAAACCAUGUAUUUCGCUGCUUUAUCGGCGUCAUGCGAGUUAGCAGAGGAAGAAGGACCUUACUCAACGUACGAAGGCUCGCCUGUUAGUCAAGGGAUUUUGCAAUUUGACUUGUGGAAUGCAACACCUACGAAUAGAUGGAACUGGACGGACUUGAAGAAAAAGAUUGCCAAACAUGGUGUGCGAAACAGUCUUCUGCUCGCUCCAAUGCCGACCGCUUCAACUGCGCAAAUUCUGGGAAAUAACGAGUCUUUUGAGCCGUACACAAGCAACAUUUACACCAGACGAGUCUUAUCAGGAGAAUUUCAGGUUGUUAAUAAUCAUUUAUUAAAAGAUCUUGUCGAGGCUGGCUUGUGGAAUGAAAAAAUUAAGAACCAACUCAUUGCAAAUGGUGGGUCCAUUCAGAACAUCAAAGGAAUACCAGACGACCUUAAACAGCUAUAUAAAACUGUCUGGGAAAUUUCACAGAAAAGACUGAUAGACAUGGCUGCUGACAGAGGAGCGUACAUUGAUCAAAGUCAAUCAUUCAAUGUUCACAUGACCGACAUCAACUACGGGAAAUUAACGAGCAUGCAUUUCUAUGGAUGGAAGAAGGGUCUGAAAACGGGAAUGUAUUAUCUCCGAUCAAAACCAGCUGCACAAGCUAUCCAGUUCACAGUCGAUCAAGAGGCUUUACAAAAAACAUCCGAAGAGAAAGCGAAACUGAACGAAGAAGCGUUGGCGUGUUCAUUAGAAAACAAAGACGCAUGUGUUAUGUGCAGUGGAUGAAUGAAAAUGUUACUGAACACACAUUGCAAAUCGAAUGUGGUAGUCAAACUUACAAUUUUUUGUCAAGACAUGACAUUACUGCUAGGUAUAAAAUAUCUUUAACACGCACUUGUAACGCUGUGUUUUGCAUGUUUAUACAUGUAUUGA